AUGCUGGUCGAGAAACACAAAAGAGUCAUUUCAUUUUCCGAUAACAUGGAACGGCUCUUCUCUUUUAUCGCAUUAAUGCAAGUUGUUUGGAAUACCUUAGUUAUUUGUUGUCUAGGAUUUGCCUUCAUAAUGUCUAUUCAUAAUAAAACUGGUGUUUUUGCAUUAAUGAAAGCUGUUUUUGCUUAUCUUGCCAUAACGUUGGAAGCUUUCAUUAUUUGUUUUGCCGGAGAAUAUCUUAGUUACAAGGGCAAAUUAAUUGCUAAUGCAACAUAUGGAACAAUGUGGUAUGAUAUGCCGUCAAGUUACGGUAAAAUUAUAGUGUUUAUAAUAAUGAGAUCACAAAAGCGACUGGCGAUUACGGCAGGGAAAAUGAUGGAUAUGUCAUUUGAAACUUUUACGACUAUUAUGAAGGCGUCAGCAUCAUACGUAUCUGUUUUGAUUGCUAUGUAUUGA